AUGCUUCCGAGAUAAACAGCAGUCUGUGAAUUGAACGGUCGAAAGUCAUACCCAUUAAUAGCCUUCGAUAGAGAAAUCCAACUGCAAGUACCACAAAAACUUUAAAGAGCUAUUUUGCAUGAGGGAUUCUUGAAGGGAAAUGGGCAUGAGGAGCAUUCUCGUUCGGAUAGCAACUUUAUUUAUAUAAGAAUGCUGCCAAAAACUAAGAAGGUAUACAUGACUCUAAACAGAACAACUGUUUUGUUUAUACCAUAGUCUGAAGCAUUCCAGCUUAGUUCUGCUGGAUUCAAAUACUCUAUUAUUGUUGUCAUAGUACUUUUAGCUGAAUUAGAUCAAGUUUAUUUAGCUGACUUCGAUUUAAUAUAAAUUUGCUCAAGAGGAUAAGCUGCUAAAAGCAAGAAAUCUAAUACCAUGUACAAUUAAUACAACAAUCUUGAACUUAUGUUCAAGCUCAUCAAAUCAAAUGAUGUCAGAAACAAUUUCUCCUUGAAGUUUUACUCGCAAUUACGAAAUUUCAUUCUGUAUUCUUCCUUUCUAUUCAUUUUAGAUAAUUAUAAAUAUAUAAUAAUCCUAUGA